GUAGACGACGUGGCCGAUCGAUGACAUUGACGCCCCGCUCCACUCGCCUGGCACCCUUCCAAUCCGUCUUCUCCUCCCCCUCCCCUGCCGCUACUCCUGUCGCCGUCACUCCCCGCCGCUCCAACUCGCACCCCGCUGCCCGCCUCCACCUCCGCCUCCGCCUCCGCUGCUGCUGCUCCGCCAGCGAUCCGGCGCCGAUGGUGAAGGCCAUCAGGGUCCACGAGCUCGGCGGCCCCGAGGCGCUGCGGUGGGAGGAUGUGGAGGUGGGCGAGCCCGGGGACGGCGAGAUCCGGAUCCGGAACACCGCCAUCGGCGUCAACUUCAUCGACGUCUACUUCCGCAAGGGCGUCUACCCCGCUCCCCUCCCCUUCACCCCCGGCAUGGAAGCUGUUGGCGUGGUGACUGCCGUGGGGCCCGGACUGACCGGCAGGAAAGUCGGGGAUGUUGUCGCGUACGCAGGCAAGCCUAUGGGCUCUUAUGCUGAAGAGCAGAUUAUUCCAGCCGAUGUUGCUGUUCCUGUCCCACCUUCAGUAAAUCACAAGACAGCGGCUGCCAUCAUGCUCAAGGGGAUGACUGUUCAUAUGCUAGUUCGCCGCAUAUUUAAGGUUGAGACCGGCCAUACCGUUCUCGUCCACGCUGCUGCUGGUGGAGUUGGAUCACUCCUUUGUCAAUGGGCAAACGCCCUUGGUGCCACUGUCAUUGGAACUGUUUCAAAUGAAGAGAAAGCCACACACGCACAUUUUGAUGGAUGUCACCAUAUGAUCAUCUACACAAAGGAAGAUGUUGCAACCAGAGUCAAGGAGAUUACAGGUGGAAAAGGUGUAAAUGUGGUCUAUGAUUCUGUUGGAAAGGACACAUACAAGGCAUCCCUGGAGUGCCUGGCGUCCCGCGGUUUCCUGGUGUCGUUCGGGCAGUCCUCAGGCUCGCCUGACCCGAUCUCCAUGGGCGACCUGGCGUCGAAGUCGCUUUUCCUGACGAGGCCGAGCGUGAUGCACUACACGGGCACCCGCGACGAGCUGCUGGAGGCGGCGGGCGAGGUGUUUGCCAACGUGGCCAACGGGGUGCUGCACACCCGCGUGAAGCACACCUACCCGCUGUCCGAGGCGGCCCGCGCCCACGCCGACCUCGAGGCCCGGAAGACCUCGGGGUCCGUACUGCUGAUCCCGUAGAACUAAGCACCGUCUUCUUUUCGGUAGGAGAAGCUUGAAUAAACGGGGGACGCGGCAAUGUAUGCGCUCUACAAUCUACGAAUGCUUGUGAAUAUGUUGGCUGGAGUUUAGCAUCUGAACACUGAAUCCUCUGUCUGUCUCACCUCACCUGGUUAUGUUGGAUUCAGUAGUAAGAAUGAAUGUUGGGUGAUUAUGUGUUGAAUGAAUUGGAUUGUGGUAUUGUUGCGCA